CGGCUCCCGGCAGCCCCCGCGCGGCCGCCAUCGCCGGGCCCGGCGGGGAUUUCCCGGGACGGCGGCGGCCCCAUGGCGGCGCGGGCCUGAGGGCGGCCCAGCGCGGCGGGCCCGGCGAUGGCGGCCGCGGCGGAGGCGGCGGCGGCGCCGCCCCCUGGGGAGGUGAAGCGGACCGAGGGGGAUGAGUGGUGCGACAGCGGCCUGGGCUCGCUGGGGGAGGGGCAGCUGGGCCCGUUCCCUGCCAGCCCCGGCCCCGCCAGCCCCGGCCCGGCCCUGGGGAGCGUCGGCGCCGCUGAGGGUGCUCAGGAGGCGGGGGAGGCCCCGGCGGCGGUUGGGGGGGACCCUACGGCCUGGCUGCGGCACGUCCUGGGCUUCCUUACCGAGGAUGGGGACACGGCCUUGCACUUGGCCGUGAUCCACGAGCACGAGGCGUUUCUGGACUCCAUCCUCCAGUACACGGGGGGCACCGAGUACCUGGACCUCCAGAACGACCUGGGGCAGACAGCGCUGCACAUCGCCGUGAUCCUGGGGCUGUCGGGCUUCGUGCGGAAGCUGCGGGCGGCGGGCGCGGGGCUGUGCCUGCAGGAGCGGGGGGGGCACACGGCGCUGCACCUCGCCUGUCGCGAGGGGCGACGCGGCUGCGCCCGCCACCUGCUGGGGACCCCCCCGGCGCCCCCAGCCCGGCACCAGGAGGAGGCGCGCGCCCAGCUCGACAGUGUUAAUUAUGACGGUUACACCCCCCUCCACGUCGCCGUCCUGCGCAAAGACCUGGAGAUGGUGGAGCUGCUGCUCAGCGCUGGAGCUGACCUCAACAAGGCGGAGCCCAGCUGCGGCCGCAGGCCCCUGCACCUGGCGGUGGAGGCGCAGAGCCCCGAGGUGGCCGAGUGCCUCUUACGUGCCGGCGCAGACCCCGCGGCCCGCAUGUACGUGGGAUACACCCCCCUGUACAGCGCCCGCCACCGCCCGCACCCCCGCCUCCCCCAGCUGCUGCGCCGCUUCGGGGCCCAGGCCCCCGGCGACUCCGACGACAGCCCCGACGAGGGGGAGGGGGACAACAGCGACGAGGAAUACGACGAUAUCGUCAUCAACAGCGGGCGCUGCGUGGACUGACCCCCCCCCCACCCC